UCUUACGCGAGGGUUCAAGAGGGAAACAUUGACAUGCGGCUGAAUGGACGGGUCUUUCCUCGUGAUUUAUUAGGUAGCUGCGAGCACGUUCUUGUUCUUUCUCGUCAAAAAAUCUCCUACCACUCCGCUAUCUACACCACCCCUCCCAGUAUAAAGCUAUACUAUCGCGCACCUCGCCAGAGCAACACCCACAUCAUGCGCCUCUCCGUAUUCCUCGCUUCGGCACUUGCUGCCCUCGUCGCCGCCGACAGCAGCACUACCACCACCAUGGGCAUCGUUUACCCAGACUGGACCAUCCUCAUCCCCCGCUACGAAAGCACGGCCGCCAGCGUCGCCGGAAUCAACGCGCUCGCCACGACAUACCAAGUUAAAUGCCUAGACGGCGCAGACAAACUCAGCUGCGACAUCAAGACUCCCUGGACCAUCAUCCAAGGACCCGCCACCGCGAGUUUCACCGGUGUCUACACGGCCAGUGCUAGCGGGAAGGAUGGGAUUACCGUGACGCGGGAGUGGAAAUGCGAUUUGAAGUCUUAUACCGAGUCUGCUUCUUGCACUGUGAGCUAUUCGGCGACCGGCACGGUUGAUGGCACCACGUAUUCUACCUCGACUACGACUUCGAAUAAGAAUAUGCCUACGAAUGAGUUGGCGACGGCUGGGAUCCUUGUUACUGGUGGUAUUGCGUCUUUCACUGCUUCCCAGGCGACUCAGACUCCGUCCGGUGCUGCGGCUGCUCCGUUCAAGGCGAUGGUUACUGGUGCGCCGCUUGGAGCUGCCGCUGCUAUUGUCAUUGCUGGUAUGCUUUAAGUGGACAGGGGUAUUCUCUGGGAUUGGAACUUUGAAUUUGUAUAUAAUGUCUGAUAAUGAACGGCCAUCUUGGGAACUGGAAUUUGAUUUGGGGUCAUAUUUACAGCGACUUGGGAUUUGUGAGCUGAUGAAUAUAAUAUAGUUUAUUAAUCUUUGG